AUGGCUUCCAAUAUUACUUCCAACAUACCUUCGCUUCCUACGCCGGCAGCCUUGCUAGCCCACUUUCCGAGCUCCGUGCAGACGGGCAUCAGUACCCUGAUGUCCAAAAUCACGACGGCGGCGGGCGAUGGCUCGUGGAAGACUACCGCCAUUUCUAUUGGCGUGGGCUACCUCGUGCUCGUGAAGGCACUGCGGUUCCAGCGCGAAAAGAGUAUGCGUAAACGCUAUGGCUUCCCGGACCGCGCCAGCCUUCAGAAGAUGACGGUGGAAGACGCCCAGAAGAUCAUCAAGGAGUUGUCGAGCUUGGAGUUUCCCUUUUCCAAUGAGACGAGUCUGCAAUUUGCACUAUUCAAGACAUAUGGCGUGGAGUCAAUCAGUAGGCUAUUAUUGGCCACCAGAAAUCUCACUGAUCCCAUCAAUAGCUUGAAGAGAUAUGAAGACACAGCUGUCAUCAUUGGCGAAUUCAUGGCAAAUCCGCCCAAUUCGGUGCGGGCGACGACCUCGGUGGCCCGCAUGAACUGGCUGCACAGCAAAUACAUAAAGUCUGGUCAAAUCUCCAACGAAGACCUGCUCUACACGCUAUCCGUCUUCAUUACAGAGCCGGAGCGCUUCAUGCGGCUGUACGAGUGGCGCGCCCUUAACGAAAUGGAAUACUGCGCGUACGGCACCUUUUGGAAGUCUAUCGGCGACGCCAUGGGCAUUCAGUACGAGGGCUACUUGGCCAAGACGGAGUGGACCGACGGUCUCGACUUUGCUCUCGACAUUGCUCAGUGGGCCAAGAGCUAUGAGGUCACGGCCUUUGUUCCUAGCGAGACCAGCAACAAGCCCGCCAAGGCCCUGAUCCCCAUGAUCACGUACUGGCUCCCCCGCCCAAUGCUGAGCUUCGCUCACGAGUGUGUUCACGUCCUGCUGGGCGAUCGUGUCAGGGAGGCCUUCAUGCUUCCUGAACCUGGCGUCAGCGCCGCGGCUUUCAUAUACACGUCUCUUUGGGCCCGUAGCUUCUUCCUUCGGCAUUUCGCCCUGCCGCGUUUUACUGCACUCAAGCGUCACAACGAGUCGACCGACUCGGUGGACGAGCCGUUGCUGCUCAACUGGUCUUAUGGCAACUAUCCCUUCUACAUCAAGCCGACGCUCUGGAACCGCUGGGGUCCAAAGGCUUGGGCCGUUUGGAUGUACGGAGGCACACUCCCCGGAGACCACCCCAAGGAGCACCUACCCGAAGGCUACAGAUUUGUAGACCUUGGUCCUGUAACUCGUAUGGGCAAGGGUGAGGAAGAGAUGAAGAGAGACUAUGAGAGGAUGAAGUCCAAGGGCAUGGGAGGUUGUCCAUUUGGCUAG